CCAAAGGACCCAAGGCUUAACUAUGCUCCCUCGAGUUUUAUAUUCAUGAACAUUCCGUCGAUCUCGCAGUUUCAAUGGCAUCCUUUUAGUAUUACAUCGAGCUCUAGUGUAGACAAACACACAAUGUCUGUUAUGAUGAAAUGUGAAGGCAAAUGGACAGAUUCUGUUUACAAGAAAUUAGAAGAAGCUGCAGAUUCGAAUACUAAGAUUAACAACAUUACCAUAAGAGUAGAAGGUCCUUAUGGACCUGUCUCCGUAGAUUUCCUCAGGUAUGAUACUCUUUUCCUUGUGGCGGGGGGAAUAGGGAUUACGCCAUUUCUAAACAUUUUGCAGGAACUGGCUUGCGAAAACCGCCUCAAAACUCCAAAAAGCGUGCAGCUCGUGUUUUCGGUCAGGACAUUCCAAGACAUUAACAUGUUGCUUCCAGUAUCCCCUAUACUCUUUCGCCCGAUCCACAACUUAAAUCUUAAGAUUAAAGUUUUUGUCACUCAAGAAAAAAAGCAUUCCAAUGGACCAACAACACUAAAAGAGUACUUGGCACAGUCACAAGUUCAGACUAUUCAUGUUGGAACGGACGAGGACUUUUCAAGAUUCCAAAUUCUUGGACAUGAAAGUUUCAGACGCCUUGCUACUUUAGUUCUUGUAGCCUUGCUGACGUUUCUCGGAUUACUCAUCGGUUUAAGCCAUUUCUUUAUACCGAAUGAGCACAAGAAGCAUUCAAACUCUAUGAAAUUAGCUGCUUCAGGAACAAUGACGACAGCUAAAGAAAAGGUUCCUUCAUGGGUACCCGAUUUGGUUAUCAUUGUCGCUUACGUUAUAGCUAUGACAAUCGGUGGUUUAGCUGCAAUUAUCCUACAGUGGAGACGACAACGCAGAGAAACACUAAGAAUGACUAAAGAAGAAGUAAACCCACAGGGAAGUAACUUUACUGAGUCAACACCAAUUGUUCCUAUCGAGGAACAUGAGAUACAUAUCGGAGAAAGGCCCAAAUUCAAAGAGAUAUUGUCGGAGUUUGAGACGAGCUUGAGAGGAUGGUCAAGUAUAGGAGUGUUGGUAUGUGGACCGGAGUCAAUGAAAGAAGCUGUGGCGUCGAUAUGUCGCCAAAGGUUUCAGUGUUUUGGAGUAGAUGAUUCAAGAACAAUUCACAACAAGGUGAAUCUCAAUUUUCAUUCUCUUAAUUUCAGUCUCUAAUUUAAAAUAAUAUAUAAAGUUUGUAUCGUCAGUUUCUGGUUCUCAAUGCUUACAGUUUUAUUAUUUUGUGGUUUGUAUCUUUACUUUUGUGUCUGAAGUUUGAUCUUCAAGUUAUUUUGUUGUUUUUUUUUAAAUUUCAUAUCCAACAGUGUUAAGUAUAAAGUACUACUAGAGAUUGAUUUGCGUGACUGCGCGGCA